GACACCUUCGGUUCUGGAUCUGCCACGUCCGUCCCUCCGCGCGACAACCACCGAACAUUGAGCACCGCCUUUUUGCCCCUCUGCCAUCACCAAUCCCGAUCACCGACUGAUUUUUUUUUUCCUUCUACGACACCCCUCUUACUUCUGAACAGAGCACCCUUCGACCACCGCCAACAUGUCGAGUAACAGAAACUACGACUUCCUGAUCAAGCUCCUGCUGAUAGGCGACUCGGGCGUGGGCAAGUCCUGCUGCCUGUUGCGCUUCAGCGAGGACUCAUUUACGCCGUCAUUCAUCACGACCAUUGGCAUCGACUUCAAGAUCCGCACCAUCGAGCUCGACGGCAAGCGCGUCAAGCUGCAGAUCUGGGACACGGCCGGCCAGGAGCGCUUCCGCACCAUCACCACCGCCUACUACCGCGGCGCCAUGGGCAUCCUGCUCGUCUACGACGUCACCGACGAGCGCUCCUUUAACAACAUCCGCACCUGGUUCGCCAACGUCGAGCAGCACGCCACCGAGGGCGUCAACAAGAUCCUCAUCGGCAACAAGUGCGACUGGGAGGACAAGCGCGUCGUUUCCACGGAACAGGGCCAGCAGCUCGCCGACGAGCUCGGCAUCCCCUUCCUCGAGGUCUCCGCCAAGAGCAACAUCAACAUUGACAAGGCCUUCUACUCACUCGCCGCCGACAUCAAGAAGCGCCUCAUCGACAAUCAGAAGAGCGAGGCCGGUGCGGGCGGCGCGUCCGGGGGUGCGGGCGGUGUGCCCAUUGCGCAGGCGGGGGGCAGUGGUGGCAAGUGCUGCUAGACUGGGACGGCCUCUCGUGAGUGAAAGCUGGGUCUGCGCAAGGAUGGCGACGGGGGUGACUGU